UUUUCUGUUGUUUCUGCUAGGUGAGGUUAUCUGCCAAUUCAGCUAGAACACAGCACAUGAUGACACUUGGUCUAAUGAAGACAUACGUUGUCACGUCAUCAAAUAUACUGAAAACGAUGAUUCCGCUGAUAAAAACGGCUGUGAAACUAAAAAAAAAUGCAAUCUUGAAACCAAUGUUUAUGAAAGUGCUGAAGUUCAGUGAAGAAAUGAGAGAUGAAGCAAUAAAAACAAGACAAAAUUACUUCGAGCUGCAGAACAAAAUACAGAAGGAUGCAGCGGAGGUCAAUGAAGCAAAUGCCAUGGUUGAGGAGAAGCAAAAGGAGCUUGAAACAAAACAAAAAUUCGAGGAAGAACGGAAAAAGAAAGCUCAGGAAAAAUUCAAGGAGCUCGAAAAGCAACGUAAACAAAAAGACGAGGAAGUGAAGCAGACUAAACAAAUGCGUGAUGAAAUGUUUAAACAAUCAGUUGAUGGACAAGGAGGUGAAAUGUGCAAACAAUUUAUGGAAGGCAUCAUGACCCCAAAAAUUCCCGACGUAAGUGGGGGAGCAACUGCUAUGAAGGGAGUAUUUGGCGUUUUCGGACUGGUGGUUAACACCGUUAGAGAACAUUACAAGGGGAAAAGAGCACUCGCGGCGACUGAGCAGGCCCAGAAAAUGCUGAAUAAAGCGUCAGAAGACAGAAGUCAAAUAGACAGUCAGAUGGAUUCGAAGGAGAAAGAAACGUUGGAAGCUGGAUACAAUAUGGCAAUGUUCGAUCUAGAAAAAUCCAGCCUUGGGGAUCUAGAGAGCCUUGUAGCGGCAUCUGAACAACUUGCUUCAAUUGACGGACAGCUAGUGAACAUCAUUACUUUCUGGGAUAAUCUAGCAGCCUUUUUGAAGGACUUAAACCAGAAGGGAGAGGUCGGUGAAUGCUUUCUAGAUGCCAUCGAAGAUGAUGCGUGUGCCGAAAUGUUUAAUACAGAACUUGUGAAAGUCGAAGAGGGUUGGGUCCAUUUCGGAAGCAUUUGCAGGGAAUAUGUUAAAACCGCCGAACAGAGCAUACCUGUAGUAUACGGGUUUCUGUCGCAACCUAUUGACAAACUAGGAAAAGAGGAAAGGAGCAAGCGUUCCAAAGAGCUUAUCGAAAUGUGGAAAACAAAAGUGGCUAUAGGAGCAGCUCCUGAAGUCCCGAAACUUAAGGAUGCAAAUUAAAUAGAUAGAUGGUGACAUUAUAUAUCGACAUUAUUAGUGUCAGAAAUUGAACAAAAGUAUAUACUAAUAUUGAACAUUGAUUAUUGCUUGUUGAUCUAUCAACUGCUUUACGUUUUGUAAAUAGCAUGAGUGGCUACUCAAGACCUGAAGAUGUGCUUUUGAAACGAAUAUAUCAAUUAAAAUAUCAUUACUCGAAACUAUGUAACACAGUAUAUAAGUACAAGACAGACAACAAAAAGUUGUAAUAUUAUUGUUCCUACCAAAUAUAAUACAUGGGUUUUUGUUACCAACAUUAUACGAGCAAGAUGCACGUUUUGUAAUUCAUUAGUAAUAUGAUUUACUACAAUCAUGUUUUAAUACGUAAGACUGUUUUAUGUGUACAUUGAAUCUGGCAAUAUCUGCACGAAUACAGUUAAGUUUGAAGUUUGAAAUAAACAUGUUAAAAUAUUUGUUCAAUUAACUCAACAACAUUUCAAAUGCCGCGUCUGAAAGUUAUGACCAAAAUAUAUUUUCAGAAUCUGACUCUCAUACCAAUCUAUUUCAGACCCGGUUUAAUAUGUUACAGUUCAGUCACACGGCAACUAGUUGUCAUAAUAAUACAUGUACUUGAUUGUUUCAGAGCAAGAUGUAAGAUGUGGUGGCCAUGAGUGAAACACAUUUUGAUUUUAGAUGUAAAACAAACAGAUGUUCUUUUUAUUUCAUGUUUUGACCAGAUUUCCCCAUUUUAAAGCAUCAUACCAUAAAUAAAGAUGUCAACUAUUUACCUCCGACUGGGUACAAGGUUAGGCCAUGUAAAGGUAACGCAGGUUUGCGAUUCUAAUUAGUAUUUUUUCAAACAAUUUAGUAAUGACAAAAAAAUGUAAGUUACACGAACUAGUUGUGAAUAAGUACUGCUCUUUUUGACACACAAAAUAAACAAUGGAGUAAUAUUGCAAAAGAUUUAAGCAUGGCGCGUUUGACUGAAAAUGUAUUCAAAUGUAGGGUUAACGCACGUUUUUUUGUGUAACAACAUCUGCAGAAUCCCAAGGGAUUGGUUGGUGCACGAGCCCGUAGGGCGAGUGCACCAACAUAGCCCGAGGGAUUCUGCAGAUGUUGUUUCACGAAACAAACGUGUGUUAUCGCUAUUCUUGCAUAAAACACAACUUAAGUGCUGGAAAUAUCGAAAAAACAAGACUAUUCAGCUGACAUUAGCCGAUCGAAGUCGGCCGAAUCAGGUUGUUAUGGACACAUGUUUUAUUUAUGCAUUUCCAGGGCAUACAGAAACAGUGCAUAUUUUAUACAUGUCGAACGGACAUUCUUGUUGUGGUAAUUUCUUUAAUAUUAAAUAUAUGUAAAAUAAGCAUGACUCCCCCUUUUUCCGAUAUAUCGGUAGGAACUUUAGCUUUAGAGGCUCGGAAUUAUGAGAAAAGGGCAUACACGGCAUCCUGUUUUUACACAAUUUGUGAGGUGCCGACAGAACACAAUUCUGCUUGGUUUAAAUUAAUAGUCUGUCCCUUACGCUAUUUAAAUGUAAAUAUUAUCGUUUAAUAGAAACUGGUAUCGAUACCUAUAUUCUUCGUGUCGUUAAAAAUGAAAUCUCUAGGCCUAUAACUAGAAAAUUUUGCUUUGCACCCCACCCCAUCGCGAUCAAAGUUUGAUAAACACAAAAAUUUGAAUUUUUCCAACAUCGAUAUAAUCAACUUAGAUUGGAUUUAUAAACUCAAACAUGGUUAGUGAGAUCUACAAAUAAAUUGAAAAAUAUAUAAUAGAUACCUUCUGUUCAUCAAAUGUUCAUUAACUAUGGAAAAAUCCUUCAAACAUUACGCUUCGUCAUGUUUAUGCUUUACAUUACACACCAUCACUACAUCAGUAGACUGCAUAGAUGUGUAAAGUAGACACAAACAUUUUUUAAAAGUUAUAGUGUAAGAUUUAAAGUUAGCAUGUCAACUUUCUCGACUCAAAUUAAUUUGGAAAACGAAAUUGUAUUUUUGUAAAUGUUGUUUGCCUAUCAUUUUCAGGGAUUAAAUCGCGGCGUGUAAACUUACUUUGAGUCAAAUACGUGUAAUAAUACAAUAAUAAGGAACGUCAGUUCAGUCGCGUAUCAAGGGAGGUAGCGCUUAUUACAAGUUAAAGUAAAGUUAGGUUGAAAAAUGAUAUUUUUAAUAAAAAUGCAGAUGAAAAGAUUUCAUAAAUCUCGGACCUUUCGACUUCGGCCAAAAUUGAUUCGGGAUCCAUAAUUUGCUUACGUUGGACCCGCAACAGCAUAUUCAAAACGUUCACCAACAGCGCGUGCUCACGAGAAUCUCCUUGUUUGUACACGUUUUUUCCCUGUUUGUGCGUGCCCGAAAUCGGCAAAAACAAAGGUUUUAUGCAAGAAUCAUCGUUCAAUCAUAGUAUAUAACUUAUAAGUCUAGUUUAUCAACGGAAAAAUUCAAUAUGCCCAUACUUGAAGUUAAGUUUAAAAACGAAACCAGGGGGCAACGCGAUGGGACACAAAUGAUCAAGGAGGAACGGUAUAGUAAUAUUAAGUACACAUAUCUUUGCGCUGUAGAAAAAAAGGUAUUUGAAUGAUGCAUUUUAUGACCAGGCGUGCAAACGUCAAUAUACGAACUGUUGAAAUUUUAAUAUUUGUAACAUAUCAAACAAUGUGUUUUUUGAAUUUCUUUUAAAUUAAAUGGUAAAUUAUAUUUAAAGGAGUCACAGUGAAAGUAUUGCUUCUUAGUAUUGAUAAUAAUUGUUUCUUGUAUGAGUAACAUGAUUUCUUUGAAAGUUUAGAAAUAAACAGAAUCUGGUUGACAUUGA